GCUCGGCGUCUCACUUUAUCUCUUCGAAAGCUCAAAAAAGAAAACAAAGCCCCAACAAUGGAGCUUUGUAUUGGUACCAGUAGCUCCGCUAAGAUUCUUCUUAAGUUCAACUCUUCUCGUCCUUCUCACUCCAUCAUCCGUACAAACUCAGUUUCAUUAUCACAACCUUUUCUCCAAUUCAAGAACGGAGCCUCCAGCUCUCUUAAACUUCCAUUUCAUCUCCGUCGAAGCCAAUUCAUUGAACCAAAUUUCUCCCAGUUUCAUGGAAAUUCUUGUCGUUUUGUGGUUUUGGCUUCUCCAUCUUUUUCUUCUUCGGUUGCUUCUGGACCAGGAAAAGACAAGCUUCCGGCUGGUAUAGACGUUACAGAGAAUGUAGAACCCAACUCCAGACUUAAGCUAACCGUAGAAGUUCCUCCUGUUGUUUGUGAUGAUUGCUACAAUAGGGUCCUAAACGAGUUCAUGAAGCUAUCCAAGAUCCCAGGAUUUCGCCCUGGAAAGAGAGUUCCCGAAAGUAUUCUUGUAAAUUUCGUUGGGAAGAAAAAUGUUCAGAAGGCUACAGUUGAAUCCAUUUUGAAAAGAACCCUUCCUCAUGCCAUGGAUUCGGUGACUGACAGGGUUUUGCAAGACUCAAUCCGUAUUUUAACCAAAUUUUCUGAUAUGGAACAAACAUAUACUACCCUCAAUUCUCUUAGAUAUGAGAUCAUAGUUGAUGUGAUACCUGAGGUCAAAUGGAUUCCUGAGGACGGAUACAGGAACUUGAAGAUUGUUGUUGAGGUAGACAGUGACAUUGAUGCUAAAAAAACUUCUGAACAAGAACUAACUCGUCGAUGUAAGUCCCUUGGUACAUUGCGAAUUGUAACAGACAGAGGACUACAGAUUGGUGAUGUAGCAGUCCUUGACAUAUCUGCAACAACAACAGGUGAAGGUGAAUCAGAUGGUCAAAAUAUUCCAUCUGCUGAGAGUAAAGGCUUUAAUUUUGAUACGGAAGAUGGUGAUAGGGUGCUGCCUGGUUUCCUUGACGCAAUAGUUGGAAUUCAGUCAGGAGAAAGCAGAACGUUUCCACUAGUAUUUCCUGAAUCAUGGAGGCAAGAAAAUCUCCGAGGAGUUCAGGCUCAAUUCACUGUCGACUGCAAAGAACUAUUUUACAGAGAGUUGCCUGAGUUGGAUGAUUCCCUUGCUGACAAGCUCAUACCUGGCUGCGCCACCCUUGAUCAAGUUAAGGAAGCAUUGCUACAAAGAUGCCUAGAAGUGGAGCAAACUGCAAAAGAACAAGCGACAGAUAAUGCCAUUCUUGACCAGAUUAGCAAGAUGGUGGAGGUAGAUAUUCCGGAGUCCUUGUUCGAAGAACAAGGUAGACAGCUCUAUGGAGCAAACCUUUUAGAGAUACAGACAAAAAUGAAGCUAAACGAAGAGCAAUUGGCUUCUCUAUCAAGUCAAAAGACAGUAAACGAGUACCUUGAAACCCAAAGGGAGAAUAUUACAAGAAUGAUAAAACAGAAUCUGGCUGUUGGAGAUAUAUUUAAACGCGAGAACUUGCAGUUUGCAACUGAUGAUCUUGUCAAGGAGGUUGAGAAUUCUAUUGCUGAAUUCAAACGUCAAAAGCAAGAAUAUGACGAGGAGCGUGUCAAAGACCAGGUGCAAGAAAUUCUAGAGGGAGCAAAGGUGCUUGAAUGGUUGAGAGAACAUGCUGAGAUUCAGUACAUAACAAGGUGAGAGAAAUUAGGAGAGAGAAUAUUAAAAAAUGGAGAGAGGCUUUUGUAUUCUCCUCAAAAUUUUGUUUCUCCUAGGAUUUAUUUAUAUUAUUCUUUAAUGUUUUCUAACUUUUGGUCUGUACACCAUCCUUAACAUAAGAUAAGUGGAAUACAAUAUUAUUGGAAAGUUGUACAAGCUUUUAAGUUUGAAUCCUGCAAUAAAACAUUUCAUAAUAUGCA